ACCAUUUGCUAAAUAAGAAAACAAAAUUUUCUUUGUAUUUCGCGAAACAAGGUAUAAAAAGGUCUUGCCUAAUGGAGUAUUUAGACAAAGAGCCUCGGUCAUAGGGUCAAAGAUUUAAAACAGGCAUAGAGGAGACUUAUAUGGCUUAGUUUGGCCCACAUUGUGCUUUUAGACCACAAUAUUAGGGAUUUCAAAUCCAAAUCCAGUAAUGCUAUUUGGAUAGGCAUGUUAAUAUUUUUGGUCCGACGGCCACGUCAGGUGACGGGGUCCAGGCUUGUCCAACGGGGAAAAGCCCUGACCCCCUCCCCCACUGGUGCCAUCACUGAGCAAGAUAAAAGCUGGAAUUGGUUGUAGUGUGGUGGGAUAGGCAUUUUUACCUCUCACUUUAAUAAGGUUCUUAUUAAGUAUAGGUGUAAUUUUGCCAAACCAGACAUAAAAAUGUAGUGAGUACUCUGUGCGUGUGAAGACACUUGCAAAAAAACGCAAGUUGUUCUCGGGUGGAACUCAAACCCACGAUCUCCAGAUUGCUAGCCUCACAUCAUACCUCUAGACCACCGAGCUUGCGUCUGAAGGCCAGGGUUUGAAUUUGAGUCCAAGUAAGCAGUGGGUACUGCAAUGUGAAUGGUAAUUUAUAAUAUCGAAAUGGAAUAGACAAUAACUUAUUAUUAUGCAAAUCCAUUUUAUGUUUGCAGGCCACCAUACUUAUGGAGUUGCUGUGCUUGGGAUAUUUCACGUUUCGUCUUGUUCACUCAAAAAGGUUUUCUUCAGGGCUUCUCUGGUGGACAGAUCCAAAGCAUCUAAUAACUGUUAGUAUUAUACUGUUAACAUGCAUAGAUAUCGUUCUAUACAUCAUUUUGAAAGAGGCUUGUAAUAGCUGUACUGUUGUCCGAUGGUCAAGAUGUCUUCGGCCACUCUUUCUGGUCAAUUUCUCUGAGAUGAGACAGCUUCGUCGUAGUUUUCGCAACAUACGCCGUACCUUGCCAGAGAUAUUUUACAUGCUAAUCUUGCUCUUUAUUGUGAUUGGUCUGUUUGCAUUACUCUUGCGGGAGCUCUUUAAGGAUGAGUAA